CUCUUUAGUCUGACAAUUGCCUUUUUAUUUCGCCGUUGGCUGGCAAUAACAAAAAGAUUUAGAUUGUCUAUCUUUUUAGUUGUCACUUGUCACUUUUUGUCAGUUUUCGACGGACUCGCGCAAAAUUGGUUGUGCGUUCAAAAUCUAUGCUGAUAAUGAGUUAUGUGGCUUAGAAAAACGUAAAAUAGCUUCACACAUUCAUGUUUUAAAUGUACUGCUUGCUACUGGUAUCUCUUACCUUUUGAAAUAGGUUUUUAUAUCUGUAUACGCGUUAAUUGAAAUGGUGUUGUUGACGUAUUUCGUAAGUUAGAUUUCAUUUGCGGUGUUAUUUGAGUAUGUGCGGUUAAUACGGAAUUAUCAACUUAAUUCAGAUAUCGUGUGAUAAGUGUUUUUACAAUUAAAAAAGUUGUCAUUAUUGAUACGAGUCCCAAGUGAACAACGUGAAUUUUGUGUGUGAAAUAAUUCGUUCGUGUAUUGUGUUGUUGUGUUUUUUACUCUGUGAGAGCCAUGCUGAUUAUCGGUUUGCACCAUAACACUCAGGUCCACUCGCGCCCGAGAGCGACCGAGGACGGCACCUACGUUUCAUAAUGGAAAGAUGUAGAUUGUGGCAGCUCAGUAUCCGCUGCUCAACAUGUUGCGACCCGAGUCCCCGCUCGCAGACCACCGCAGCCUCUUGCCUCGCAGGCUGCUCCCGGUCAAAGCUCAAAUAGCUCCAACGGACAAAAAGAAAAACCGUAGAUCUCUGGAACUGAACCCGGCCAGCGAUCACGCACCAUACGACUACCCCAAACUAUUAAUUUCGAAAACGACAGACUCGCUAAACACAGAAUGCCCUCGUAAAGUGAUCAACAAACAAGACUCGAGCGAUAGCCUUAAACGUGCCCUAUUAUCGAAGGACGAUAAGAAGGCGACAAUCAAAGACGCGGAUAAGAAAGGCCAGUUCACAUCGCAGGACUCCACCGAGAGCUUGAAGAAAACGUUGCUCUGCCGACAAGACUCUAAUGAUAGCACAAAAAAGAAGGAGCCUGAAAAGAAAGUGAAGGAUGAAGUGAAAAGGAUAUGUGAAACAAAACGGGGAAGCGAUAAAAAAAGCUUCCUAGAAACGGAUGCAGACGAGCCUUGUAAACGUAUUUACGAGAGAAGGACGGGAGCAGCAAGACCGACAUUACCUCCAGUGGACGAGAAAGGAUUCGGUACUCCUAGCACUCCGAAUGGAAGUCCUAAUACGCCCAGCGUUGCGGCUGUGGCUGAAGGCUUGGCCAGAUGGGGCAGUGGGCUGCUGUCCCCUCGAGACGAACCAAGAUUAAAGGCAGCCAGGAGCUGGUACGGCUAUGGCACCCUGCCAACAGACAACAGCGAGAAGAUGGGAGCAGGCGCGAACGGGCCUGGUGGCCGUCGAGCCCUCGAGCUCAUCCUCAGCGGGGGGCUGAAGUCUCUAGGGCGUCCAGCAAAGCCCGUGCGCAGGGCUGCGUCCCGUGACUCCGUGCUGUCACAACCGCAGCCCCUGCUUGAAGGCUUGAGGAAAUGUUCGACAGUCCUCGCACUGACGGACCGGGAGAAGGUUCCCGAACCGAUUAGGGCUCACAACCGACUCCGCGCGCCCUCCGUCUGCUCUCGCUGCUCCUCUCUGCUGUCGCUCGCCGGCGCUGGUGGUUCCAGGUAUUCCCUGGACGGUGCCGGCGGUGGCUUCGUUGCAGCCGCUCCGAUCAACUGCAAGCUGUGCCUUGAAGACGCGACCGCUGACAAGGUCACUAUUAUAGGCGGCUGUGGUUGCACAUUCUGCACUAAGUGUAUGAAAGCAUACGUCGAAUUCGAAGUCUGCAACGGCGCGUAUGAGGUUUCAUGCCCUGACGCGAGGUGCAGGCUGGGCGCCGCCCUCGCCUUGGACGAGAUCUCCGCUCUCGUUGAACCCGCUGUUAUGGAGAAGCAUCUCAAAUUCAGGCUCAAUCAUGAAGUGGCGAUGGACUCCGGUCGAGCGUUCUGUCCCCGCGUCGGAUGCGACACGGUGGUGUCCGUCCGGGCCGCCAGUCCCGCACAUUGUCCGACGUGCCGGCACGAUUUCUGCUCCCAGUGCAACCAGGAGUGGCACGGCGGGAUGACUUGCGAGGCGGCGGCGGCCUCGUCUUCGAUGGGCGGCGCCGGGGCCCCAUUGCUACCGGACUCCGAGCUGAUCAAGCUCUGCCCGAUGUGCAGGGUGCCAAUAGAGAAGGACGAGGGAUGCGCCCAGAUGAUGUGUAAACGAUGCAAGCACGUAUUCUGCUGGUACUGCCUCGCUUCCCUCGAUGACGAUUUCCUUCUACGACACUACGACAAGGGACCGUGCAAAAACAAACUUGGACACUCGCGAGCUUCUGUACUGUGGCACCGUGCUCAAGUUGUCGGUAUAUUUGCUGGCUUCGGUUUGCUGCUGUUGGUCGCCAGUCCGCUGUUGCUGCUCGCGGCCCCCUGUAUCGUGUGCUGCAAGUGCAGGCUGUGCAAUCCAAGCACGAAGAAUCUUGAAGAGGUAGACGAGGUCGAUAGCAUCAGUCCCGGGAGGGACGACGAUGACGAGAUCACCCACGAGAGGUCCCGGGAUCGAUAUCUGAGCGACUGACACCCGCCAAGGUACUAGACGGUGACGCACGCGUAUCAACGUACACCGGUACUGGCCAGCGACUUACUCUGUGCACAGUUUGUCAGUCAAAUACGAUGUAUCGUGUCAAUCGUCGAAAAACGUUUCUUCGUGUUGGCAACACUGCUAGUUUUUCGUGUUGGCAAGACUCAGGCCUGCUCGUCGUUGAGACGAUUUAUCGUGUAACGUGUUGACCGAAGAACUUGUACGUAAAUGUGAUAAAAAAAUAUUUUGUGGACGAUAUUAUAAAUGUAGAAAUUAAAACAAAUAAAUAUAUAUGUGAUGAACGAAAAUGUUAUAACUUAGUAAUUUAGGAUAUGUCAAGUUGAAAUGUUCAAGGAAUGUUACUUGGUUAUACAUUGUGAUUUUCGCUUCCCCUUAAUUAUAGCUUUGUUGGACGGAACUCAACAGGGCUCAGAGCAUUAGAUGAAAUCGAGAUAUAUAUAUAUAUAUAUAUACAAAAAUAACUAACUCAUACAGUACAAAAUGUGUAGCUUCAAAUGUAUUUAAACAAAGAAAUAUACGGGGCCUAAUGAUCGAUGCUUGUAUGAAAAAAAAGUCGUAUUCGUAUAUUUGUAAAUGGCAUCGCCUUUUUUAGCUUCUCGACCUAGAACCAAAACUCUGAGAGAAAUAGAGAGAGAGUGAGAGAGAGGUAACUGCAUUUAGAGUUGUAAUAUUUAAUGGCGCAAACGAACCAUACGGUUCCAAGACUUCAGAUUGGACUGAUGGACUGAGAUCUGUUCCUAAAGAUGAACAAAAUGUAGUGCUUGUGGUUCCUACCGCGAUGACCUUGAUAAUACUAAAACUUUCGACACAGCACGCAAUGUAACAAAAACAAUCUGCUGAAGCCGGGGUCAACGGACUCUGGCGAUCUUAUAGUAUAACAUUAAGUAUCAAAGUUGAUAGCUAAGCUUUUUAUUUCUAUUGUAUAGAUGGGCGAAUGGAGCUCAUGACCUAUAAUAUAUGUUGUUAAAUGGUUACCGGAGCUCAUAGACAUUAAUCACGACCUGAACACCACCAGUCUCGAUUGUAUCGUAUGAUGCUCUCGGCCUUCGAACAGGAACACGUGACUGUUCACGGCAGAAAUUAGCUGGACGGUGAUAAUUACGGGCGUGCUAUAUAACCAGCAAAUUUUAGUUAGUAAACCUAUAUCCAUUUUUAUCUAUGUCGAACGGUUAUGAUAAACGCUAAUCGUCUCGGCUACCACAAUGGGCCGCACAUUCCGUACAGAUUUCGUUUUGUAUAGCCAUUUGACGUUGCGUGCGAGAAAAAUAAUUUCACAUGUUGAUUUGACAAUACGUAUAUACAUAGUGUUUGUAAAAAAUUGUUUUGUUCAUUGUUCGAAAUCGCUCAUUAUCGUUUGAAAAUUGACAACAAAUUUCAGAAUGACGUAUGUAAUAGCAAUUAUUUUGAAUUUUGGCAAACGACCGUUGAUCUUUCGUUCUGAGAUAAAAUAGCGACUUAUUUCCCCAAACUCAUUGAUGUACGAUAAAAAAAAGAAAACGUCAUUAAAAAUAUAUUGUUAACAUUUAUCUUUAAGUGACUUAUGUACAUAAUACUGUUUUUUAAACUUAUGAAUAUGCUAACGCGACUGUCAAAAUCAAAACAAAUGUACUUACUUUUUUGAAUAAAACAUUUUUAGAAUCGUUUUUGUUUGUAAAAAUGAAAGGCACGAUGGCAACUUAUGAAGUUGACUCUCGAUAGAACUGUGUGAUGUGGCGAUAAGUUUGUUUUAUCAAAAUUAAUGGCUUGAUUUCUAACAUUAAAAAUAAUUGAAUACAAAAUUUACGAAAUGUGAUUCUAAUCCGUAGUUCAUAAGAGAGUUGACACGAAAUAAUCCAAUGUAUACUUAAUAUAUUUUUCUAAAGAGAUGCAGAAUUAUAUAAUCUAAAAUUAACUGUAUUUUUUGUGAACAUAGACAAGAUGUUUCGUUCAAUGAUAUAAUAACACAUAGUUGAAGAAAUAAGAUAUUGUAUGAUGUAUUUGGAACCAUUGGCGAAAACGAUGAUUGUGAUAGUGCUGAGAUGUAUAACAGAGCAGAAUUAAAAAAUAUCAUUCAAUUAAAUUUAUUUAAAAAACGAACUCCUGGUAAACGCAACGUGCUAAUUAGAUUUUAAAUUCAAUUAAAAUGCGGAGGAAUGUUUUGACAUUGCAGUUUUAUGAAAUAUAUAUCUACAUUUUUAUUUAAACACAAACUAGUUUUUAUCGAUAGCUUCGUGUAAUUGAAAGAUUAAUUAUUGUUUAGGCUUCGAUAACGAUCGUGGCAUACUCCUAUAAGUGUGUGAACAUUAAGACGUAACUGCAAUGCAGUGUGGAACAGCACUUUAUUUAAUAAUAUUUAACAUAUCGCCCUUGAUAGCAACACUCAGAUUAAUAAAAAAGUAUAAAAAAAAUAUUUUUUCGCAUUCAAAACGGCAAACGCAUUUUAAUUUUACAGACUACAAAUGUCAAGAUUUUUUCGAAUGUCUCGUCGUUUGUUUUUUGCACGAAGUAACCUAUUGUUAAAUAUUACGCGGUAUUUUAUAUCCAGGGCGAUAUGUGACCUCAUGUAUUUAUGAGAGAAUGAAUCUAUAGUGAAAGCCUGAAAAUAAAACAUAAUUUAUUAAUAUUAAAGUAGUCUUAUUAAAUAUUUAUGAUUUUAAUUGUAAAUAAGAAUUUAAUAUUGUACUUAAUUUUAUUGUUGAGGAUCGAUGGUGUUUUAACUCGUCUUUUUAACUAAUAAUUUGUUUUAUGAUUUAUGAAAAUGGCAACUUUUUUAAAUUCGCUUUAACUUUCCAAUGACCUUUAUUUGUUUUAAAAAAUGUGUGACCGCUUAAAUGUUUUGAAAUUAAAUUAUGCAGUUUUCAAUUUUUAUGUGACAUUUUGUACAGAGAUGUGAUAUUUUAUACAAUGAAAAUGUUAUUACUAUAAAUAGGGAUCCCCAUAUAUUAUUCUGAUUGUUUUAUCAAAAAGCUACACUAACGAAAUUUCAAAAAAUUUAGAAGUUUGAUAGUUUAGAUCCGAUGGUGCGGGCUUAAUUUAUAAAUGACAAAAAAGCUAACGAAAUGGUUCAUGAUAUCACUGCCAAGUGUUGACGUGCAAAUCUGAUGGCGGAAUGUCUCACUACGUACGCAGCAUGCUCAUAAAAAUAUCCGACACCGAAAUUUUAAAAGCUUCAUCGUUUUAAAAGUUAUUUGAAUGCGUUUUUUCAAAAUAGGCUCGCAAUAUAUAUACUUGCUUUAUUAUACAUAUUCGUAACCUUUUCAAUCAAGACUGUAUUGUUGAAUUUCACGUCUGCGAUUUCUUAUGUAUAUUUUAUUUAGCACUUUCAUUGAAAGGUAAAAAAAGUGUGCAAAAUUGUAUUUAUUAAAGAAAAUAGAAUUGUCUGUUUGUGAUUUCGUACUAGACUUGUUACCAAUUCUAUUACCUAUUUCUUGCUCUGCGUGAAUUCAUCAAUGAGUACCGACUUUACAUCACUUAACCGUUUUCUAUUUGGAUUGCACGUGUAUGUCUAGUCUGUUUAAAAAAAAUCAAUAACACAACUUUUUUUUUACUGCUGUGUCACUCGGAUCGACGAGCUCACAUCCAUAGACACGACAAUCUAGAUACUGCCACUAGAAAACUAGAAAUUUCAUCCAAAAUUACUAAAGUGAAAGCACCUUAUUCGCGCUUCCUUCAUUCGCAAUGUCCACUAUUCACGGAUAAAAAAAAUACGAGCCAAUUCCUAUGUUCGCGGUUAAGCUAUCUGGAUUCGCGGAUUUAAUCGAUACAUACACUUUGAUAAAAAGAAUUUCAAUAUGUAUGUAUCCAACCGAAUAUUUUUUGUAAAGGCGGUUUUCCAUAUCCACGGUUUCUGUUAAUAUUGAAGAAUAAAGUUUUUACGGUAUAUUACAAUACACGAUCAGCGGUGUGAGCGUGCGAGUCUCUCGUAUUCUUAGCUGUGUGUUUUUAGAUACAUUCGCUUGAAAAUAUUUGAACAUCGUCAACGUCUUUCAAAUGUUAUAAUCAAGGAUUGAUGUUAAAUGAACCCUUGAAUCGGUGAAUCUAUUCGUAAAUGUUUUUUAAUUGUGUAGUUUAGAGGUAUUGGUUUUAUUUCGGAUCUCCACAUUGAAAUAAACUUACCAUUGAUCCUGUUUGGCUUGAUGUGACAAGCUAGGUAAAGCAUUUGUAGACUUAAAUGUUAAUGUGUAAGAUAGGCGUAAGUUGAUGUUCAUUCAUUUCAAUGCUUGACGAAAAAUAACAUAACGUAUUCUUUGUCUAUUUGUCAUUACCGUCAUCAAAUUAUUUCAAAUAUGAAUUAGUGAAAUAAAAUACUGCCAAAAUCCCUUCAAAAAAGUGAGAAACAUAUAAUGUUUCACUAAGUUUGCACUUAAUUUUGUUUCCCAUGGAAGCCCAACUUACAUUAAAACAGGUUUCACAAUAAACAUUCUUUAAAGGAAAAUAUAUUUCUUGGCAAUUUAAGAAAUUUAAACUAUAAAUGCCACAAGAACACACAAAUAUACACAAGAAACAACAAAGUUUAAUAUGAUUAAAACAAAACUAGUUGGUAAUAGUCCAAGCAUUGAAGUGAAUAAUAUCUUGUUAAAUUUUUUUCUCAUGUAAGUUGAUUGGAGAAUCACUAAUGUCAAAAGACUAACUUUUUUGUGUAGAGCUUGGGGCGCAAAUGUACCUUAAAUAAAUAAUGUUCACAGGUCAAUUUUGAUUAUGCAUUAUUUUGCAAAGUAAGAACACAUGUUAACAUUAGCGCCAACUCUGUUUAAGUCAAGAUUUUGUAUAUACGUUUUAUUUUUGUUAAUAUUAAUAAUUGUGUUGAGACUUGAGACAAACUGAUUUCUCUGUUACUGUAACUAUAAUUUAAUAAAGAUUUUUCUGAAACACA